AUGACCUAAGUGGCUCAGUCUCACUCUCAUGCCAGCCUCAUCUUUCCUGGCCCAAGCCAGCGCGCCCCGCCUACUCCCUGCCCAGUCCAAACUCCAGGCCUGGGCGAGGCACUACUAAUCCGUGGCUGCACAGACCCGGGCAGCCUCUCAGUGAAAAGCACCGUGAGCUCCCGAAGCGCAAAAAAGACCUGCGAGUGAACUAUGCAGCCGGACAGACUCGGAGUGCGCCUAAGCGCUAUGGCCUAUGGGCUCCUGCUUCUCCUCUUUGGUGUUCAGGGUCAGGACUCUGCCAGCCCCAUCCGAACCACACGCACCGGGCAGGUUCGAGGGAGCCUCGUCCACGUGAAGGGCACUGAUGUGGGUGUCCACACCUUCCUGGGAAUUCCCUUUGCCAAGCCACCUCUAGGGCCCCUGCGGUUUGCACCCCCUGAACCCCCCGAAUCUUGGAGUGGUGUAAGAGAUGGGACCUCCUAUCCAGCCAUGUGUCUGCAGGACUUCACUAUAACAAAUGAAGAGUCUUUGUACAUGUUCAAUAUGACUAUGCCUUCUAUCCCCGUGUCCGAGGACUGUCUGUACCUCAACAUCUACACACCUGCACAUGCCCAUGAGGGAUCUCACCUGCCUGUGAUGGUGUGGAUCCAUGGUGGAGCAUUUGUCAUGGGCAUGGCUUCCAUGUAUGAUGGCUCCAUGCUGGCAGCCUAUGAGGACGUGGUGGUGGUCAUCAUCCAGUACCGCCUGGGUGUCCUGGGCUUCUUCAGCACUGGAGACAAGCACGCAACUGGCAACUGGGGCUACCUGGACCAAGUUGCUGCUCUGCGCUGGGUCCAGCAGAAUAUCGCCCAUUUUGGAGGCAACCCAGACCGUGUCACCAUUUUUGGCGAGUCUGCAGGUGGCAUAAGCGUGUCUUCACAUGUUCUGUCCCCCAUGUCCCAAGGACUCUUCCAUGGUGCCAUCAUGGAGAGUGGUGUGGCCCUAUUACCUGGCCUCAUCACCAACUCAUCUGAUAUGGCCUCCAGGGUAGCCAACCUGUCUGCCUGUGACCAGGUUGACUCAGAGGCCCUGGUGGGCUGCCUGCGGGGCAAGAGUGAAGAGGAGAUUCUGGCUAUUCACAAGGCCUUCGAUAUCAUGCCCGGCGUGGUGGAUGGGGCUUUCCUGCCCAGGCACCCCCAGGAGCUGCUGACCUCUGCCGACUUCCAGCCUGUCCCCAGCAUCAUUGGCGUCAACAAUGAUGAGUAUGGCUGGAUAAUCCCCAAGUUCAUGGGCCUCUAUGACACCCAGAGGGAAAUGGACAGAGAGGCCUGGAAGGAUGUUCUGCAGAAAACAUUCAAACAGAUGGUGUCACCUCAUGAGUUUGCUGACCUGUUGAUGGAGGAGUACAUCGGGGACAGCAAGGACCCUCAGACUCUCCAAGCCCAGUACCAGGAGCUGAUGGCCGACUCCAUCUUCGUGAUCCCUGCACUCCGAGUAGCACAUUCUCAGAGGUCCCGUGCCCCUGUCUACUUCUAUGAGUUCCAGCAUCGGCCCAGCUUCUUCAAGGACACCAAGCCACCACAGGUGAAGGCCGACCACGGCGAUGAGAUCUUCUUUGUUUUGGGAACCUUAUUCUGGGGCAAAUACAUUGAAGUCACUGAGGAGGAGGAACUUCUGCGAAGAAAGAUGAUGAAAUACUGGGCCAACUUUGCUCGAAAUGGGGACCCCAACGGCGAGGGUCUGCCCCAGUGGCCCGUGUUCGACCAGGAGGAGCAGUACCUGCAGCUGGACAUACAGCCUGCAGUGGACAGGGCCCUGAAGGCCCACAGGCUCCAGUUCUGGAUGGAGACCCUGCCCCAGAAGAUUCAGGAGCUAACAGUGGCUGAGGAGAAGCAUACGGAGCUGUAGCUCCUGUGUUGGGUAGCGAGGGGGUGGGCACCAGUGCGGUGGGGUCUGCCUCGUGUGCCCACCCACAGCCACCGAGAAGCCAGCAGUUGAUUCCAUCCCUCACAUAGCCAUUCAUUCAUUCUUCCACGUGUCCACUCAGGAAACAUUUAUUAAGAACCUAAUGUGUGAUGUUAGUUGUCAAGCCAGCCACGGGUCUUCUCUUUUUAGACAUAGUCAAUGAAUCCCCCAAGGAGCAGUGCAGGGGCACAGCCUUGAGGAAGCCCACCCUCCCCAGCGCUCCACUGGGCUCUGGACUCCAUCCUCCCCUCCUCUCCUCCACCUUCUCCCCACCCACCCUCUCCUUUCCUCAGAGCCCCCAGGCCUGCCCCAGUUGGAAGGAGGUGCUUUGGGGAAUGUUGCCCACACCUGUGUGUCAAAAGCUGAUCUCCACCACAAUUCACAAUUGCAAAGAUAUGGAAACAACCCAAGCGCCCAUCAAUACAUGACUGGAUUAAUAAAA